AUGGAAGACGAAAACGGCAAAGCUGUCGCGGAGCAACAUGAACAGGUUCUCGAAGGUGUCUUUGCCGUAGCGAAACCUGCGCAUGUCUCCUCAGCAGACGUCCUUCUCAAACUCCAGUCGACAUUUGCUUCCUCAGAUACAUUUGAGCCACUGCUGAAGCACCAGCCCAAACGUACCAGCAAAUCCUCGGACCAAGUAUUCCGCCUAGGCCAUGGCGGUACCCUCGAUCCCCUGGCCUCUGGCGUUCUCAUCGUAGGAAUCGGGCGUGGCACAAAAUCGCUGUCACAGUACCUAGCAUGUACCAAAACUUAUGAAACCAUGGUUUUGUUCGGCGUAAGUACUGAUAGUUAUGACUGCACGGGAACUAUCACCGAAAAAGCAGACACCUCGCACGUCACCCGUGAGCUAGUCGAAGAAAAGCUUCACAACUUUCGAGGAACGAUACAGCAAGUUCCUCCAGUGUACUCUGCGCUGAAAAUCAAUGGCAUCAAGGCUUGUGAGUACGUGCGACAGGGCAAGGAAUUGCCGAGAGAGUUGGAAAGUAGGGAGAUGCAAGUCGAUGAGUGUACGCUGCUGGGCUGGUGUGAUUUCGGACAGCGUACCUACUGUUUUCCCGGCGAGACAACUUCAGUACCAGCAUGCGCAGCGCGUAUCAGAUUGACAGUUUCUUCUGGCUUCUACGUCCGCAGCUUUGCGCACGAUCUGGGUAUCGCAUGCAACACCGUUUCGCACAUGGCUUCGCUGGAGCGUACACGGCAAGCCAAUUUCACCGUCGAGUCAUCACCUUUGUCAUCAGAGCUCGUCGCGGCCAUCACAUAUGCUGAAUUGGAUGCCGGUGAGUCUACCUGGGGCCCAAAGCUCAGGCCGCAGCUUGAGAAAUGGGUCGUCGCCAACCCGGUCAAACUAGGCCAUGUCAACGGACGAGAGGGAAGCGCGAAAAGGAAGAUGGCACAAGAGGGUGAAGCAAAGCCUAGGCAGCGAUUCCGCGGGGAAUGGGUAGCCGAGACGAAGAAAGAGAGGAUCAAGCAGCAAGGUGGCAAGUACAAGGGUAAAUGGGGACGGAAGCCCGACGUUGAAGAAGUCUUCAGACACUGA